GCCACGUGGUAGGGCAUUCGUUUGCUGUCACAGAGGCUCGCGUCGCACACCGCCCGGCAUCGGCGACGCGUUCGGCUCGCUUCGGCUCGCGCUCGGCGUUCACCAGCACACGGCAGCACCAUGGGGGCGGACGACACCAGGGAGCUCGGCAGCGCCGGCAAGAAGGUGGCCGCGCAGUGCGGCUCCGACAUGAUGCCCCCCGCGGGGGUGGCGGUCGGCCAGGGCGCCUGGGCCCUCUCCAAGAACUUCCUCAAGUACCGCGACGACAUCCGCAACAUGGAGGUGCGGCCCGACGACGUCUGGGUGCUGUCCUUCCCCAAAUGCGGCACGACGUGGACGCAGGAGAUGGUGUGGCUGCUCGGGAAUGAAUGUGACACGGCCGCCGCCAGGGACACGCCGCUGUACUUCCGCUUCCCCUUUCUCGAGUUCACGGCCCUCGGCAUGCCGGAGGGAGAGCCCGACGUCAACACCGUGGAGAUCAUCGAGGGCUUGCCCAGGGACCAGCCGCGCUUCAUCAAGAGCCACUUGCCGCUGGAGCUACUGCCCAAGGACCUGUUCAAGGUCAACCCCAAGCUCAUUUACGUGACGAGAGACCCGCGCGACGCCUUCGUCUCCUACUACCACCACUACCGCAUGAUCAACUCGUACGACGGCGACAUGGACGACUUCUUCGAGGCGCUGCUGGCCGACGAGGUGCUCUUUGCCCCGUUCUGGAAGCACGUCCUCGAGUUCUGGGAGCUUCGCGACAGAGACAACUUCCUCUUCAUCACCUUCGAGGAGAUGAAGAAGGACCUGCGAUCCGUGCUACGGCGCACGGCCAGCUUCCUCGGCGUGGAGAUCCCGGCGGACAAGGAGGACGCCGUCCUGGAGCACCUGAGCUUCGCGUCCAUGAAGAACAACCCGUCCGUGAACCUGCAGGACUUCAUCAAGCCCAAGACCAAGGAAGACUCCUUCAUCCGGCAGGGCGAGGCGGGCGGCUGGAAGAAGCGGCUGAGCGAGGAGCAGGUGGCGCGGAUGGGCCGCUGGUGCGCCGACAGUCUUCAGGGCAAGGAGUACCCGCACUUCGUCCAGUGAACUGCCCACUGCGCCAAACUGCCAAGCACAGCAAGAGAGAGUGUGUGACAGCAGUCACCCAUCUUUGCCAAUGAAGUACAAUCAUGAAGGGAAAGUGAAAGAUCGGGAAUUGCACCUACCACUGGUACUCCCCAGACGAGGACCGCGUCGUAACCAAAGCGAAAAUGUGUUAUUCUUUAGCCCUGCUGUGAUCUAUAGCCAUAGGGACCAUGCAAGAAAUCGGUUGUUUGUGCAAAGACGAAACUGCACAAGGGUUUUGGUUGCGGAACGUAAAGCUCCGAAACUUUGUGCAUGUCCGUGCUCAAACCUGCAACUUAUAUUUUUGUACAUUUCUACUUGAUGUCAAAGUGUCUAAAUACAUCCUCCGCGCGCGACUCGCGUGCGGUGAAACCCA